AUAGACCUUUUAAUUUAUUACAUUUAUUUAUAAAAACAAAAAUCGGCUGCAGCGCUCCUCAAACUCACUCCGAUUUUUGAUUAUUGCGCAGUUUUAUGCGAGCUUCUUAAAUUUAGCUUGUUGAAGGAUGGAGUUUGAUGAAUAUGAAUACCUAGAAAAUACAGUGGAGAAUCCAGAAGUUAAGAAAUUGGAAGGGAAGGCGAAUGGUGAUGGGAAAGGUGAUUAUGAGGAGAAAGAUAGGAGUCGGAGCUCGAAGCGCAGAAGCGUUGAGGAUGAUGGGGAUGAUUUAGAUCACCCGUCAAAGCCGUCGAGGUCGAGGAAUGAGUCUUAUGACCAUGAGAAAGAUAGGGGCGCACGCUAUGGCUCAUCUUCAAGAGAUAGGGAGAGAGGUGAAAGAGGUGAGCGAGGCGAGAGAGGUGAAAGAGGCGAUAGAGGUGAGAGAGGUGAACGAGAUAGACACACAGGUAUCCGGGAGCAUAGAACAAGGGACAAAGAUGAGAACAGUGGUAAGGAGAGGAAUAGAGAUAGAGAGAGGGAUAGUGACAAGAAAAGGAACGGUAACAGAGAGAGAAGAGAACGUGAUAACGAAAGAGAUAAAAUCAAGGAAGAAGAACAGGAGAGGUCCAAGCGAAGCAGAAAUCACUCAGAAAGGCAUCAUGAGGAGCGGACAAGAGAGAAAAGUAAAGAUGUGGAGAAUGCUGAACCAGAGUUUAAACCAAGGGAGAGGGUGUUCAGAAAUCAAGACCGUGGUGAUAACAGAAGAUACAAAGACAAAAAGGAAGAUAAAGUGGAGCCAGAAGUUGAUCCGGAACGAGACCAGCGGACAGUUUUUGCUUAUCAGAUCACCCUAAAGGCUGGUGAGCGAGAUAUAUAUGAGUUCUUCUCUAGAGCUGGCAAGGUCAGAGAUGUUCGGCUUAUAAUGGAUCGCAACACCAGACGCUCCAAAGGAGUCGGAUACAUUGAAUUUUAUGAUUCAAUGUCUGUUCCUAUGGCAAUAGCUCUAUCAGGUCAGCCACUUCUUGGUCAGCCUGUCAUGGUAAAACCAUCUGAAGCCGAGAAAAAUCUUGUUCAAUCUACUACCGCUGCCAGCGGAGGACUUCUUGGUCCAUACUCAGGGGGUGCUAGAAGGCUAUAUGUUGGCAAUCUACCUCUUACUAUCAAAGAAGAACAGCUUCGCCAGGUAUUUGAGCCUUUUGGUGCUGUUGAGCUGGUACAGAUGCCCAGUGAUCCAGGGACUGGGAAUUGCAAAGGCUAUGCUUUUAUACAGUUUGCACGUCUAGAAGAUGCAAAGGCUGCUCAAAAUCUGAAUGGGCAACUGGAGAUUGCAGGUCGAGUAAUCAAGGUUUCUGCUAUUACUGAUCAAGCUGGAAUGCAAGAGGCUGGAGUAAAUCUUGCUGAUCUGGAUGAUGAUGAGGGCAAUGGCUUGUCCUUGAAUGCACAGUCUCGAGCGCUUCUUAUGCAGAAAUUGGACCGCACUGGGACUGCUUCGAGUAUCACUGGUUCAUCAGUAACAUCAGCUUUCGGACAGUCCUCUGGUCAGAUGCUUCAUGGUCUAACAGCUUUUUCUAUGCCUGCUCUUACGGUUCCAUCCGUAGACACAAUUGGUGUUCCCAGUGAAUGUUUAUUGCUGAAGAACAUGUUUGAUCCUAGUUCAGAGACCGAGCCAGAUUUUGAUCUUGAUAUAAAGGAAGAUGUCCAAGAAGAAUGUUCAAAAUUUGGGAGAUUAAAGCACAUCUAUAUAGAAAAGAAUUCAGCUGGGUUUGUGUACCUGCGGUUUGAAAAUGCUCAAGCGGCCAUGGCUGCCCAAAACGCACUUCAUGGUAGGUGGUUUGCUGGAAAAAUGAUCACCGCGACCUACAUGGUAACGCUUUUCCCUCUCGUCUCUUUAUGGCUAAUACGAAAAAGCAAAAAUAAAAAUCCUGCUGAUCAGGUAAAAUUGAAGUGAGUUUCACCUUUAGAAAAAAACUGCUGUCGUUUCGAUGUAGGUUCACAGUGACUAUGAAGCUAAAUUUCCUGAAAGCAGCAGCAGCUAGAGUGGUGUUGUUGGUUAAUUGCUAUACAACUUUGCCUCAUUCCUUUUGGCGAUUUUGUUUCUAUUGAAUCAUAGAGAGGCUGCAUUAAUUAAAUGUAAUUUUGGAGCUUGCAAUUUUCAUUUUAGGUUCAAAGAUUUUGACCUCUCUUCUCAAAUUUGUUAGUUAUUUGGAUAUAUUUUUUUUUAAUCUUGUUGUGUGUGACAAAAUUGCUAACUAUAGUCACUUCAAAUUUGGGGCAAUUUCAAAUGUAUCGAGAUGGCUUUCUGUUU